AUGUGUCUCGCACUUGGCUUCAUGAACUCAUACGCCAAGAAGGCUCACGAGAAGAAGGGGAAGAAGACCGAUGAAGAAGAUCAACCCCCGCGACCUGUCAUGGCCAAUGCUCCACCUCAGACAACGGCAGCGGUCCAGGGAGGCGCGCCUGUGUCGCAAUAA